CAGAGACACUCAUUCGUUGUCACCAUGGGUCGCGUGCAUAGUCAAGGUAAGGGUAUUUCGGCUUCUGCUCUCCCUUUCAAGAGGACACGACCAAGCUGGCUGAAGAUCUCUUAUCAGGAUGUUGAGGAGAACAUCUGCAAAUUUGCCAAGAAGGGUCUGACACCAUUUCAAAUUGGUGUUAUUCUUCGGGAUUCUCAUGGGAUUGCUCUGGUGAAGACUGUUACUAGAAGCAAGAUUUUGCAUAUAUGGAAGGUCCAUGGACUUGCUCCUGAAAAUUCAGAGGAUCUGUACCACCUCAUAAAGAAAGCAGUCCCGAUCCAUAAGCAUUUGGAGAGGAAUAUGAAAGACAAAGAUUCCAAGUUUAGGUUGAUUUUGGUUGAGAGCAGGAUCCAUCGCCUAGCUCGCUACUACAAGAAGACGAAGAAGCUGCCACGUGUAUGGAAAUAUGAAUCUACCACAGCCAGCACUCUUGUGGCUUAGAAAAAAUGUUGGUUGGAAAAGGUUUGGAUGCUCCCAUGGAUGUGUUCUUGGACGAGGAACUUUC